AUCAGUUUUCCUUUUAAUCACAUCCAAUUCCUAAUAAAACAUCCUUGUUAUUGCUGUUCAACGCAGCAGCAAUUACCACCAUUUCUCUCUUUCUUUCAAGUUUCAAUCAUUCAACAAGUCACAAUUUGUUUGUUUCUUUGAAUCCAUUAUAUACCCUUUUUCUUUUCUCUAAGGUCAAGCUACCUGCAGACGCAGACAAAUCUGAAAAGAAAAAAUAAAUUUCUAACAUUAUCCAUUUGCCUCGGUUCUAGCAAUUGCAAAUUGCAAUACCCACCUUCUUUUUAUUAUUUCCACCAUCUUUUUUCUUUUUUUUAUGAAUAAAACAGAUUUUGAAACGAAAAGUUUACAAGAGAGGAAGAUGGGGAGAAGACACGAAGAUGAACAAUCAAGGGCUCUCUACGAGCUCUCUGCUCUCGUUCUCAACCUCCUCCGUUCUCCUCCUACGCCGUUAACUUUCUCCGAUAAUCCGGCGGCGGCGCCUUCACGGUGUUCGCCUCAGCCUCAGAUCUCGCCGUCGGGUUUCGCCUCCCUGCUCCUGGGAAUCUCGCUGGCUCUGAUGCUCUGCGGGUCGGUUACGUUCUUCAUCGGGUUCAUGCUGAUGCCGUGGGUUCUGGGUUUGGUGAUGGUGUUCUACGUCGCCGGAAUCGUUUCCUCUCUCACCUUCGUUGGGCGCUCCAUUCUCUACUAUGCCACGGCGCCGCCCAAGGAUAUUCCCGCGUGGAAGCUUAUGUGAAGUAACAUGUAAAGAAAGAAAUUGAGGAGUACAAUGUUAAGUGCAGUGCUGCCUAAUGCAAACUAUACAACAUUGAAGAGUACGGAACUUCUCCACUUAUUAGAUGCAGGAAUUCUGGAUAGGUGGCCUUUUUAAGAGUGUGUUUGUCUCAUUCAGAUAAACAAAUACACUCAUUUUUGUGGAUAUGUUUUUGUUCACUAGAAAUAGGUAAGGCCCUUCUUCUGUUAUUUUUCCUUUUGUUCAGUUCUAAACAGGGCAUAUACUAUAGAAAGAGAAGGAAAAUAUGAUUUGAUUCCUGAGGCAGCUGAUGGCUGUGUUUUGUCGAUGGCAGCUGAUAUUAUUUAUUUGCAUAUUAGUACUGCUAUUGGAGGUCGUUGAUAUGGGUUAUUGUCACUUUUAUCUACUGUCACUAUUUUUAUCA